AGACCCCACAGGAAAUAAACGGUUGAGAUCCAGCUUGCAUGAACUCAGCCUAGACGAUCCCACGGCAUAUAAAAACGGCGGGAAGAAUUGGCAAUAACGCGGGAACAAAAUCGGAUUGACACGCCAAAGCUCUGGCAUAUAAGGGAUCUGCCCAAAAUACGAUACUCCAAAGGCUUCCCGCUCGCUCUCACCUGGUUUGUUUCGCACAGACACGCUAUUUCUCUCUUCUUCGCUUUGUUCACUCUACACGCUAAUCUUCUAUUGCUAGACCAAAAUGGGGAAGAGAAAGAAAGAUAAAUCGAAAUCUAGGGUUUCUCGUGAAGAAGAAGUUGAAGUUGAAGAACAAGAAGAGGAACAAAGUGAGAAUGUGAAUGGAUCUUCUUCAAGGGCAAAAAGUCUCUAUGAGGUUCUUGGUGUCGAGCAAACAGCAUCGCAGCAGGAAAUAAAGAAAGCAUACUACAAGUUGGCCUUGCGGCUGCAUCCUGAUAAAAAUCCUGGUGAUGAGGAAGCUAAAGAGAAAUUUCAGCAACUGCAAAAGGUGAUUUCAAUCCUUGGUGACGAGGAGAAACGGGCUGUCUAUGAUCAAACUGGUUGUGUUGAUGAUGCUGAUCUUGCAGGUGAUGUUGUUGAAAAUUUGAGGGAUUUUUUCCGUGCCAUGUACAGAAAGGUCACUGAAGCUGAUAUCGAAGAGUUUGAAGCAAAUUAUAGGGGAUCCGAUUUAGAGAAAAAAGAUUUAAUUGACCUUUAUAUGAACUGCAUGGGUAAUAUGAACAGGCUCUUUUGUUCAAUGCUCUGUUCUGAUCCUAAGCUUGAUUCACAUCGAUAUAAGGAUAUAUUGGAUGAAGCUAUAUCUGCAGGGGAACUGAAGGCAACCAAAGCUUACCUGAAAUGGGCGAAGAAAGUAUCUGAAACAAAACCGCCCACCAGUCCAUUAAAAAGGAAGGCAAAAUCAAAUAAACAAUCUGAAGCAGAUCUACUUGCUAUUAUAUCUCAGCGCCGAACUGAGAGGAAAGACCGGUUUGAUUCCAUGUUCUCAUCUAUGAUCUCCAAAUAUGGCGGUGGUAAUGCAGCUCCUGAACUCACAGAAGAAGAAUUUGAAGCUGCACAGAAGAAAAUUGACCGUCGUAAGGCCUCUAAAAAAUUAAAGCAAAAGUAGCUCUACACUACGAUAGACUUUGGCCACAAGACCUAAUUUUUUGUAUAAACUUUUCUUUGGCAUAUCAGUAGGUGAAAAUAUCUUUAUUCUAGCUAUUUUAAAUGUGACUUCUAAUAGUGUGCAUUUGAGGUACUUUGUUUACAGUAAAUAAUUUGGAUCCAUGUUAUCUAUUUUUCAGGGCAAAAAAGAAGUGGGUAAUAUCUGGUAGCUGUUUUCCAGCUGUGUGUGUUAUUAUGUCAACUGUAUAUGCAUAAAGAGACAGCUUUAACCAUGGCAUGCGUAUAUAUGCUGGGAAAGUUGUUAGCUAAUAUAAGUAAGCUUGGAUGGACCAAGCAGUGUUGUGAAAUUGGACAUGAUAUGGUUUUGGAUUGUGGGGUUGAGCUAAAAGAUUUGUUGCUCGAGUUGUAGGGUCCAAAUCCAACCCUCAAAUAUGUAUUUGUGCUUUGUUCAGAUCUUGUUUGAUUUAGUGGGGUGGGAGUCUUUUCCUCUGA